AUGAGCGCGGGAGGUGAAGAAAUUUCGGGAAGUGUUGGUGAUGAACUUUACUACAACGUUAUCAAUCUCAUUUGUUUUGCUGUUCUGUAUGGAGUGUUCCUUUCAGCGACAUUGAUUGCACUGAGGUUGCUCCUCUUUCCCAGCGAUCCAAAACCACACUCGACCCGUAGACUCCUUCUUUUGUUCACGCUUGCUAUCUUUAUAGUCAACACCAUAGACUUCCUUGAUACCUUCGAACCCCUCUUUAUCUUGACCAAGAGAACACUCGUUGUUCCGUUGAGUGGAGGGCUCCCUGAGCAGUUGAGUGUAGCUCAAAAUUCUAUUACCCCCUGGGUCAAGUUAUCUUCUUGGCCACCUACACUCAAUCUCUGUAUAGGUGAUCUGCUCGUAGUCUGGAGAGCCAUCGCCAUAUGGAACGGAAAUCAACCUGUGAAAUGGGGCCUUAUAUUUCUCAUGAUUGUCAAUGGAGGGAAAAUUAUCAACUUUGCCCAAGCUGUUUUAUCUGAAAUAUCUUCCGUGGAUCCCGUCCGAACUAGACAAACAAACGCUGCUUCUCUCGAUAUCUCAUUAGCAACUAACGCGAUAGCCACAGGAUUGAUUGCACUGAAAUUCUGGAAUUACCGAAGAUCAGUCCGCUCAGUCUUGGGCCGUGAUAAAUUUACAGAGGUCCAGAACUUGCUGUCAUUACUGGUUGAGUCAGGAGCGAUAUUCUUGAUGCUACAGCUCACAAUGGCCGUGCUAUUGAAUCUCGACAUUGAUAGCAUUGAAAGUCAAUCGAAUGCCUUUCAGACUGCAUACACCAUCAUGGAGGAGGUUUUUGAGGAGACGUGUUGCUUGUAUCCUGUUGCUGUUGUCCUCAUGAUCAACCUGCAAAGCUCCGUAGUCGACGCCACCAUCCAUUCGGAAGGGUCUCCAGCGCAACAAUCUGUCGAGAAUUCUUCGUCAAGAUCCUAG